AGCCAGGAGGGUACAGCAGAAACACCAAGGCAGAAGCUGUUAAACAUUAUUGGUGAUAUGAAAGUAGAAGUGAGCUACAGGAAGAAACUCCAACAGUUAAAAGCACAUGAGAUGGAAAAGGAAGGCAUGGGCAGUGAAGGUGCUGUGCCUCAGAGAACUACAAAAGACAUCCAGAGAGGGAAGCCUUUAAAUCCAGAACUGGUGGAGGCUGCUGCAGCGGUUGCAUCUUCCCUACCACUCAACAAGCAGCAGACAGAAUCAGAACUGCUUGCACAGCUAAGACGACACGAAGAAACCACAGAUAGACAGAGAAAGGGAGGAACUAUUAACAUACGCAAUGUUCUUUCAGAAAUGGCAGUUAAAAGGCAGUCCCCAGCUCAGAGAGGCGUGAGGGUAUCCAAUCGUAUUUCCUUGGAGUUGGAUGAGGAUGGUCAAAGAAUCAAGCCUGAAAGAUUGUCACCUCAGUCUUUUGACUCCAGAAGUCUCAAACGAGGAAGAAGGCUCAAUAUAUUUGCUAAGGCUUCUCCAGAAACAGAAAAUGCACUGAAAACAGUAUCUUUGCCAACAAUUUGGGAUCUGGAGUUUGCAAAGGAGAUUGCAGCAAUAACUGCACAGCCUCCCCGAAAUGGUUUUGAGGAGAUGAUCCAGUGGACAAAAGAAGGAAUACUGUGGGAGUACCCCAUUGACAACGAAGCUGGAAUGGAGGAUGAUGCUGAAUUUCAUGAACACAUCUUCCUGGACAAACACCUCGAAGGCUUUCCCAAGCAAGGACCCAUUCGCCACUUCAUGGAACUGGUCAUCUGUGGGCUGUCCAAAAACCCAUACCUCAGUGUCAAACAGAAGGUGGAACAUAUCGAGUGGUUUCAGAAGUAUUUUGAGGAAAAAAAGGAAUUUCUUCAAGAGAUUUGA